UAUUUCAAAAUGGCGUCUUGUCAACAUUCAAAACUCAGCUGUUAAUCAAGCUUGAUAAGGGCGAUUUUGGUUUAAUAUGGAGCUGUCUACUUCAGGAAAAAGCGUGGUAGACUUGAAUACGUCUUUCGUCGGUGGAAACGGAAGAAAUGGUUUGCAAUCUAAUGGAACAACAAAUGGCGAUCUCAAACAAAUCAGUCCAGUAUUGGUAGCAUUUGAGCAAGAACUUUCAAGAUUUAUUAAAUACAUUAAAAAGAAAUCAGAACCAGGAUUGAAGACCAAGAAGAAUGACGAAGAACCUCUGGCAAGAGGGUCAAACACAUUGUUUUCCAUGUGGAACACAUAUGAGAGCCAUUUACCACAAUCUUACUAUCAAGAGAAGCUUUUAAACACUGGAGAUUUCCUUUUCUUUGUCAAGGAAUACAAACUUGCGCAGUUUCACUGCUAUGGAAGAUAUCUGGCUAAACAUGUUCAGAGGAAUCUCACACUUAGUGAGACUGCAGAGCUGGAUGCAGAUAAAUUUUACAAGAUGCAUUUGCCAAAUGGUCUUGACAAUCUGGCUUCUGCUACAAUGGUGCUGCGAUCGGCUCUUGGUGAAGCUAUUUGUUUUUAUCAUGUGAACACUGCUGAGGACCCAAAACUGCAGGCUCUAGAGUUCCUUCUCUGGGCUUGCAUGUGCUUGGAAUCAUCUGUUCCUCUCCUCACUGUCAAAUACUUAACAUGGCGUAGCACCCUGUACACCGCUGUCUGCCAGUGUUACUUUGAUCUCAAAGUACCCAUGCACGCAGAAGCAUUUGCUAAAAGAGGCUUGGGCAAGGUGAAUGAACUGCAGGAAAUUGAAAAGAUGAGUACAUCAGAAGCCACUCCAGAGAGUGAAGCAGCGUUUCGACAAGCCAAGACAAAGAUGCAGGUCAUGAUAUUCAAGAGGGUGGUGUUUGAGACUCGUAAGAGACCAAAAGGUCUUUUGCGUCCAAAGACAAAACCUAACCUCAAAGAUUUUGCUCAUCAUGCAUGGCCACGGACUCCAACUGAACGUCUUAUGACAGACCUUCAGGGUACAGCUGCCAAAUUUUUGGCCAUAUUAGAGGCCCUUAGUGAGACAUACAGACGUACACUUCACUGCGAAGCACCAACUCCUGACGCAGAAGACACAGCCAUAGAUGUGUGUGCUGAGCUGUUCUUUGCGGGAAUGGAGAUAAUUGCUGGCGGUGGAGGAAUAAAACAGGCACUGAAACAUGACGGAGUAAUUCAUCCUUCUGUGUGGGAGCUGCAGAACACCUCUAUCAUGGAGCUUGUGGCCAAAGGUGAGAAUGGUGUACCCCUCCCUGCUCUGGUCAAAUUUGUCAAGCAUGCAUUCAGUUAUGAACACUGGGAACCAUUUGGACAACUGAUCGAACCAACCCUUCAGCUUCUACAGGAGCAGAGUGAUAUUAACAGUCUGGUGGAUAUCAAAACACUGCAGCUCAUGCUGGCGCUGGAGCCGUUUUACAAUACUGUUAAAAAAACAAAGAAAACACCUGCACAGGCAGACGAGGGUGAAACAGGGCCCCAUGCGCAUGGGAGAACUGGAAGUCCGCUUGAGGAACUAACGCAUUUAGCAGAUGUUAUUCAGUCAUGCUCUGAGGAGCCUUUUAAGUCUGCCAUCCUGAUGAAAGACAUUGAUAUGAUGGUGGAUGCUUCUUUAUUCCUUUGGUCAAAAUGCAAGCCUCAUUUCCAGAGAAUCCUGUCUUCGUCUCUGGAGAACUGCAAACAGUUGUUAAAUGAUGUAUUUUUCAAUCGUUGGCUAUACAUUCUGACAGUGGCACACACAGCUCUCUCCUGGAGUAAUGCUGCACUUUUUGAUCCCAUUCUCAGUGCUGAAGUAACACUGAAGUUUUCUCUGUUGUUGGAAUGUAAAGCAGGGACCACUGACAACUCCAGGGUAGGCAGCACAGAUAUCUUGGAGACACCAACAAUUCCUGUAUCCCCAGAGACGGUGGAUAAUAAACAGGAGAAAGCUGAAGGAGAGUCACCAGAAAAACCUGCCAUGGGUCCUGGGUCUUUGAGAAGUCUUUUCACAGACGUCAGUCAACAAAUGAUUGUGGCCAUGGGUGGGGUCUCUGUGGGUGUAAGAGAGGUGCUUAAUAAGGUACUGGGCAUCCUGGACCAGGGGCUCAGGGAUAUCACCAAGGCACGUGAUACAGUUAUUGACACAAGAAAGAGGAACAUUGCUGAUAUCAGUUGGAUCAAGGAGUAUACAUGGGUACCGGUGAAUUGUGAAGGAAUCCUGACGAUAUACAAGGCUGGUAACUUGCGAUGGUCCAAGGGGGGUUGGCAAACUCCAAUUCACGUUAUGCCGCAGAAACCGGGGAUGAAUAUUGGUUUUUUUUGGUCCACUUGCCCUCAAGGCUUACCUUCAAGAGUAAACAAACCCAAGACGGAAGAUGGUGACGCAGAACAUCAGGAUUCUGACUUGCUUGAGCGGAUGAUAGAGACGUUGCACAUGGAGUUGCUGUUUGUUCGACAUAGAGUUGCUGUAAAGCUUGUCAACUUGGGGCAAGAACCCUGUGAACCAAAGAGAUCAGCCAAAAAACAGAAGGAGAAACCAAAGACUGGUGCUGGUUCCUUGCAUUUUAGUGAUGCAGAGAAUAAACUGCUCUCUGAGUGCAGUAGGAACCCGCUGUCCAAAGCAAUGCUGCGCAUGCACAUGGCGGGACAGGCUGUUACGUCACAGAGUCAUGUGGGGACUGAAAGACAAACACAGCUUCUUAAGGAGAGCCAAGAGCUGAUUGUCAAGUGUCAGCAGCAGGAAAGGAAAGUAUCCAGUUGGAACAGACAAACAGACGACACCAGUGACAACAUUCUUCCCUCUGAUGUCCCCCCGGCCCCUCUCCUUGUGUACCGCAGCUCUGCUGUGUUGGUAUUCAAACCAGCUCCCUUCGAGCCAAAAACAGGAGAAAAGGUGGCAUGGUAUCGACUCUUUGCAAGGUCGGCCAGCGGUAAUAAUGUUAAAGUCAGGCUGAAUGACUAUCAGCUGCCAGGGACUGGUGAAGAGAUCCCGGCCACUGCUGACAUCAAGUUUUUUGUGCGUGGGCUUAAAGCAGAUGAGAAGUACAUGGCAGCUGUAGCAGCUUACAAUGAACAUGGUAAACUGAUCGGUGGAAGUGUUGGCUUAACAUGUCGACCUAUUCUUGCUGCUCAUCCAUUACCAACUCUCAUGGCGUGGGGGUAUUUAGCUCAGCUCUCUUUUGCCUCGGGCGUGUUAUCAGUAGCUAAAUCUGCUGCGUCCGUUUUGUGGAAUCACUUUGUAAAGGAGCGUGAAAUAUAUGAAGAGAACACCAAUAUCCAAACAGCCAGUUCCGAUUUGUGCAUCUCUCUACAAAGAGUCGACGAGGACAGAUUGCGCGAAUGUUCACCUGUAUUGGCGAGACUCUUUCUCCAGAGUAUCUUCAUAUCCGUGGACAUUAGGAUCAGGGAGGGGCAUCUGUUCUGUGACUGUCUGUGUGAUAGUGGAUCACUGUACAAUGGGCAGGUUGCUCGCCUUGAAGAAUGUGAGCGUCUUCUUCUUGCAAUUCAAGUUUCAGGCUGGCUGAAUGACACUGCGCUGUGUUUACAAGCUGUUGUUCAGUGUUAUGGACUACUAGCCCCUUUAAUUCACCAAAAGAUUCCUGCUAAACCAGUUGUACAGGUUCUCCUCCGGUGUCAUGCUGUACUCCAAGAGGUCCCUUCACUGACACGUCAUAGAAAGUCCUCGUCUACUUCUGACAGUUUGUCACACAUGAUCGCCACAAUGACUUAUUAUAUAGCCAAGAUAUUACAAAUGUGGAACGAGCAGGGAGUAGCUGGGGCCAUUAUUGAACUCGGCAAGAAAAUGCUUAAUAUCGAAACUGCCCCUGAUAGUGCUGGCACCAUGACAACCAUGCAAGCUGCUGCUGCAAUGGCAACUGCCACUCUGGGAGGACCGCCACCGAGUAAAACCACCAAAAAGAAGCCUGGGGCGACUAAAAAGCCCAAAGGUGGAGGAGGCAAGGGACUGGGAAAACUUGAGAAGGAAGCCGCUGCCUUCACUGCUGACGCACAGAAUGAGGAGCUGAAGGCCUUGGAAGCCUACAUCUUAAAACUUAGUCAACAAGCUUUGAACCGUGAUGACGAGGAACUAACCGGCUCGGAAGAUCCAUCUGUCCUUCACUCAGUUGUUGCCAAUCUCCCCGCUCAACAAGCGUACAAAGAAGUACUCAAAUUUAAGAGGAGGACUCGCUUCCUGGGCUUUUAUGUCCAGGUGUUGGCUAAAGCUCUUCAAGAGGGUCUGACAGAAACAGCUUUGGAUUGGACCAAUGAUACCAUGACGUGGAUCGUGAGGAGAAAUGAAAUGCUGUUGGCAAACAAACCCACCAUAGUUCGUCAGGCGGCUGCUACAGCUGGACCGGAAGAAGAAAAAAUUAAGAAAUUUGCCACCGCUAUUGUUGAAUUUAGUAAGGCGAUUGAACGACUUCAGGGCUUUUUGCCAGAAUACUGGCGAUCAUCACAGCGAAGAAAAAAGCUACGAGCCGUCAGCUGCGAAGAAUUACCAUGGAGAGCCCAGAUGGGAAUUCUUCUGGCGGGUGCAAAUUUUGAUUUGUUUCUUGACAAAGUAGAAAGUGGACAACGUUUGGCAGACGUAGGAGACGCCGAAAACCCGUUAUACAGGCCUUCGUAUAUGGAUCCUGAUUGGUUUGGCUAUGCUACAUCCGGGACCUUAAUAGUGUCGUGGGCUGGUGCGUCAAGAAGAGCCUCACCCGAGCCCCCCAUGGGUUUUAGCGGAUCAGCGAGGGAUACGCCAUUUUCUCAGCGUGCUCCAACAGGGUCGCGGUCACACCCUCGGGAGGGGACUAGGACAGGUAGCAGAGUGACAGGGGUCACUGGAAGUGAAGGUUCCACCGCAAGCAAGUCACCCAUGUUCUUCCUACUCUCCGCGCUGGAUCAUUUAUCACGAGCCAUUGUAUUGACUUAUCGUGGCAAGUACUGGAUCAUGCUACAGAACGCCUGCCGGGCCCUAUGGAACAUGACUCAAACGGUGCUCAUGCGAGUCGUGGCAGGAACGCUCCACCUCGCUGAGGACCCUUUGGCUGAAGGAAGCACUGAUAUCGAUGUUCUGAGAAAGGCUCUGUGGCAGAAGUUCUAUUUCGGGGCGGACAGGUUGUUGGACAUGAUGGUUUUGAUUCAAGAGCAGGCAAAAACAGAAUCUGAACAAAAUAAAAAGCGUGACAAAGUGAAGAGGGGAGAUCUAUUGAUUAAUGAGAAGCAAGGCCUAAUGGGAGGAGUUGAAGAUGAGAGAGGUGGAGCGAGUUUGUUGUUUGAGAUACCGCUGGACAACUCGAAUGUUGCGGACACUCGCUGGCUGAAGAGGUUUAUACUCUACGCAGUGGAGAUGUUGUUCUACGAGAGGAAAUGGGAAAGGGCUGUCAGUAUCAUCUUGAGAUUCAAUGCGCUAACCAGGAGUCGUUAUGCCGAGUCAGUGCUACCUCUCCUUAUCGUCGCACAACGAAAACUUCAUGAGCAAAUCAAUGACCAUGGUGGUCCGUCAGGAAGUCAACCUCUCAUCACUGUCUCCAAGGAAACGGGUAUUGCUGAAGAGUUUUUUAUAAAGCCAUCUGAGUACAUGUCAAUUGAGCCCGCGGUGCAUAUUGAUCCUGAAGGCCAUGAUGUGUACCGCGGUAGUGUGGACGCGCUGAGACUCGUCUCAGUCCCUCUGGAUGUGAAUAAAAGCCUCCAGGCUUUGCACCAGGCUCUUGAGUUGAAGCAUCACACUGCUCGAUCUCUAGAUCACAGUCGACAGCUUUUGUUGUGUUACCUCGCGGGCCAACAGGAAGGUAAGAGAAUACGAUAUGCAAGUAAAUGCGGGACAAGCACCCGUGUGCAGCGCGGGUCAUCCCGUGUCGGGUUCUUACCGAGCCAAGUGAAACCUCCCACAGAUGUUCCACUGGAUUUAACGAAAGAAACGUUUGACUCUGUGGAGGAUGUGCAAACAUUCACACUUCAACCAUCGCAACUGGCUGUGGUUAUUGCUUCCUACGAUAAGACAAUUGAAAUGUUACAGUUUCGCAAACAGAAGAGUCUGGCUGCUCAAGCUAUGCACGAACUGGGUAACAUAAUGUUUCACAGUGGGAAUAUUAGGGCUGCAUACAAGUGGUGGGCGGAGUCUCUAGACACGAUCCUCAACACAGCAGAUUCGCUCAAAACGUGGCGUGAUUUGACGUCAUCAUCUGAUACGUCACUCAAGCCCGGUGCUGCUCUUCUUCAGAGAUGUGGGCUAUGGGGAUGUCUCUUAGGAGGUGUAUUGGCCGCUAAUAUCGCACAAUACAUUCACACAUCCAACCUUGGUCUCCGAUUAGAAUGUUGUCUCCUUUCCGCGACAUUCUUCAAGGCGUUGUUCUGUUCUUCGUUACCCCACCCCACAGCGGAAAAAGACUAUGCUUUAUACGAGGUAGGGGCUGGGUGCGAGGUGGCCGAACUGAUACCUGGAAUAGAUCUUCUGUCCAAUGCUUUUAGAAGUAAUGGACGGUCAGUUCUGGCCGCGCUUAGAUGGAUCACAGAGGAACUGGCUCGAGCAAGAUACCUCAUAACGGUUCUUCCAUUGAUCACACUGUGUUUGUACUUCUCCACACAUGUGGCACGUGACCUGCAACGAUCUGUGGAUAUAAGAAUUCUCAGGGUCCGUGUCCUCACCGAUCUCGAGAUGUUCUCAGAAGCAGCAAGAGUUUUGACGUCUUUGCUUCGUGGAGAAAAGCUUCCUAAAGUUUCUGACGGCGGUUUUAGAACAGUUGAAAACAAAACGAAACCUCCGCCAGUUUUUAAUAACAAGGAGUCUGUUAUGAGUGCGGGCAACUUAGCAGUUUUGAACUACUUGUUGGAUCACCGUCUGCAACCGUCCUUGUUAGUACUUUACGGUCCACAACUUACUGGACAGCUCACAAUUGCCCAUGCGCAUCUGAUGAUCGCCAUCGCGGCUACAGUUUAUGCCAUACCAGCAGACUGCCACCAAGAACUCACCCGUUAUCUGGAGGCUAAGGAAGAAGAGGAAGCUGCAUUGCUCGAGUUACCAGUUCCCCCUCUACCAUCCCAGUCUCCAACUGGAAAGAAAAACCCCAAGAAAAAGUCCAGCGAUGAAGUUAUAAGUCUUAAGAGCAGUCAAGUCGCUCAAAGACGAAAGCUAAUUGAUCCAGCGACCAUUACCCCAGAACUUAUUAAGGGUUUUUUGUUGGCUACAGCAGAAUUAAUAUUGACAAAUUUGUGUGACUCCCUGUCAGACGCUCCAGACCAAGCCAGUUUUGAAGAUGAGCCUCUAAGUAUGUCUUCUGUGGAUCUGGAACAGGUGUGCCUUUCCCGACUUGAGCUGGCGGAAAUUGCCAGUCAGCGACAUCAUGCACUAACCAGUGGUAACAUUGUGUAUGCGUGCAUGAGAGCGUUGGAAGAUGCUGCGAUUUUGAAUGAGCUGGACUUAGAGAAACGUGCUCCUUCCCUCAUGUCUAGCCAGGUCCGAUCCGCGCAUAGUACCGUCUCAGGGUGGGGUGGGGACCAUUAUUUCCAUAACCAAGCACGUUCAAGAUUGGAUGCUAGGCUGUGGCUCACCUGUAGACUGACCCUGGCUCAUGGACUCGCAGAAGAGGACAGUGGAAUGGGGAAAUUAGGGGGCUCGACAAGAAGUGUUACCAGCUCUAUUGGAACAUGCUUGCAUCAUUGUCGACAAGGUUUGGACGAAGCAGAAGCAUUUGGUGACAUAGAACUUAUGGCUGAAUUCUCUUUGUUGAGUGUAGUCCAGAAUUUACAGCAAGGAAAAAUGGGGCCUGACUUGCUGGAAACGCUAGAGAAAGUCGUUCUCAGUCUGGAGCAGAGUCCUGCUUUGUCCUUCUCAGGAAAACAGUUAUUGGCUCUGACGAUCGUUCAGCACGCUGAUAUCAGACCUUCGGGUCACAUAUCUUCCACCAUGUCGUAUCUUAACGACCCUCUGUCAGCGUACACAAGAGCUAUGACUUAUUUACUUGAGCAGUUGACCCAGUCUGGAAGCGAUGUAAAUCUGGUGGAGACAUCUCCUGUUAGGCCUCUACAUAACAUCUAUUUCCGUCAGCUUCUCCCUCUGAUUGACCUUAAACUUCGUAUCGGUCGAACUCUCACCAAACAAACCCACCUGUCUGAACAUGAUCGGGACUCGAACGUCAUUCCAGCCGAGUGGCAGACUGCAGUCAGAGAACUGGAACUAGGGCUUGAACUAGCGAGAACCGCUGCUUGUCAGCGGAAAUCUAUUGAAGCACAGCUGUUGUUGACUCUUGGUCAAGUUCAAAGGCAGAUGCUUCCGAGUGGUCAGAUAUCUCCCCGUACGGUAGUUAACACACUGGUGGAAGCUGUACAGUGCACCUUUAUUUCUGAUCACGAUCUUGGUUUAAUGAAGCACGCCUAUCUGGAGAUGGCGCUGGUCCUCAUCAGUAAUGCCAACACUCUCAAGCCUCCUAAGACACCCGAGCAGCCGCCCCGACCUGCAGAGUCCCCUACCUUAGGCGCUAAGGAAGGAGGCCGGAAGAUCAGCAAGAAAGGAAGCGCCAAGGAGAAGGGAAAGAAAGAGAAAGAAACGCGGGAAAAGAACAAGGAACUGGACCAGGAAAUGAGGACAAAUGGUAGGCUCCUAUAUGCUUGUUUUCGUAAUAUUCUUACUGUUUUCAACCGUAAUUACUGUUUGAUUUUCUUAGAUCUUAUAGACAAGUCUACCAAAGCUAGUGACUUUGAGAUGUGUAUCCAAUGGUUUCAACCAGAGCUUGACUGUGUGUUUGUCCAAGAUCCAGCGGACUCCCAGUCAGAGCGCCACAGAGCAGUUUGUGUCUUGUACGCCUUUAACAAUAAAGCUCUUGAUCUUCCGGCGAACCCACUCGUCGGUCAAGUCAAGGCCGGGCUUUAUCACGUGAUAGAGUCUCGUGCUCAGGCCCUCCACGAAAAGCUUAUGGCCACGUUGGAAAAAGCCGAGAACGACCUGGCACCCCUGCAGAGCUCUCAAACGGGACCUGGAAAUCUUGAACAAAAUAAGGGCCGUCCGUCCAAAACGGAUCCUGCGCAAUUGAUGGUACCUGGAAAUUUGGAACAGAAACCCUCUGGGACUGGGGUUACAUCGCGUAAAAAGAAGAGCAUGGGAAUAAGGGCUCUCUCAGCUAAGCAAAGAAAGGACGAUCACAUAAGGGCCCUGCUGAGAGAGCAUCUGAGUGAAAUACGAGCCUUGUUACAACGUGAAGUGCCAGUUCCAGUUGAGGAAGUACCAUUUGAAGUCAAUCUCCAGAACGUGGAUUGUCUCGAAGCCAUGUUUGACCCAAGUCGUGGGAACCUUUCCAAAACAACACAGGCAUUUUAUACUUGGCUUUCAUCCCUUCUGGAAAAUUAAAUUUUGGAAUUUUUGUUUAAGUUUGUCCAGGCAGGCGGAAAAAACGUUGACAAACAUUUUUUUCUUGAAACUUUUAGCGAGGAUUUAGAAAUGGAAUGAAAAAGCCAUCAUACAGUGGAGUGUUCGUGCGGUAUAUUUAUCUUGUUUCACAGAUUUAAAUUGUUGUUUAUUCACUUGGACUGCAUAAUGGAGCUGUAUUUUAACAUGGCGUUUGAUAUUUAUUGCAUUCCUGAUAAAAUAAAGAUUAUUUUCACAGUGAA